GACAAAAUUAUACUAAUUUGCACCUUGCUCAGUUAUUUUCUUGUAGUGUUGCCACUAUAGCUAAUAUUGUUUCUACAUUUAUCCAUGUGYUACAUUAUAUUCUUUUUCAUGAUUUAAUGACUACCAUUCCCUCUAGAUAUAAGAAUGACACUUGUUCACCAUCCUCAUUUUCACAUUUCACUUCAUGUAAGGUAGUCAUUGACUGCACAGAUGUUGAAAUUGCCACUCCUGGGUUAAUGAGUCACCAAAAUGUAACUUACUCUACCUAUAGGGGAAUGAAUUCUUUUAAAGUUUURAUAGGUGUCRCCCCAAAUGCAGUAAUUACUUAUGUAAGUAAGCUUUUUCCUGGGUCUAUUUCAGACAAGGCUAUUGUAGAAAAGUCUGGGUUCCUAAAACAACUAGAAGCAGGUGAUUUMGUACUAGCAGAUAAAGGUUUUCUUAUUCAAGAUGUUGUACCAAAUGGUGUAUCUGUUAAUAUUCCUCCAUUUUUAAACAAUGGAAAAUUUACUGAGAGUGAGGCUAGAGCAACUAAAUUAGUUGCMAAAUGCMGAAUACAUGUAGAAAGAGCCAAUGCAAGGAUAAAAGACUAUAAAAUUUUAACCUUCAUCCCUUCUUAUCUUAGAUGUCAUGCUGAAAUUUUAGUUCAGUUAUGCUGUGCACUAGUUAACUUGCAGUUUCCACUGAUAAMGGAAGUAAGCGAGGAGACAAAUUUUGACUGAAUAUAGCAAACAUAUUUAUUUCCAAAGUAUAACAUUGAUAUUUUGAUAGCAAAUAUUAUUAUUAAACUUAUCAUGUACUUUUUACA